GGGUGCUCAGCCAAUCAGAGGCCCCAGGCCUCACCCCACCCUUUAGUGGGUUUGCUUCUGCAUAUAGAGGCUGAGGCCCCAGGUGGACAGCGCAGUGGUUCCAGCCCAACCCCCUGUGGAGCUGUCUGCCACACACCUGGCCCUGCUCCCUUUCCAAGAUGCUGUUUUGGCACAACCAGCCGGAGCACCUGUGGCCCAGCCCUGGGGAACUGUACUCUGGGCCUCCAAGUAGCCUGCUCAGGGAGUCCCUGCCCUUGCCCUACCUGAAGCAGGAGGAGCUGCCCAACAUCACCAGCUCAGAGCCUCCCAGCCCUGCAUUCCAGUAUGUGCUCUGUGCAGCCACCUCCCCAGCCGUGAAGCAGCAGGAAGAGGCCCUCACCUACCUGAACCAGGGCCAGUCCUACGAGGUACAGAUGCUCUGCACCUCCAAGAACGGUGAUGCCAGCCAGGGGCCCCGGCUGCUGAAGAGUGUGGCGCGGGUGGUGUUCCACGACCGGCGCCUGCAGUACACAGAGCAGCAGCAGCUGGAUGGGUGGAGAUGGAGCCGGCCCGGGGACCGCAUCCUGGACAUCGAUGUGCCGCUGUCUGUGGGGCUGAUAGAACCUCAGGCGCCGCCCUCACAGCUCAACACCGUGGAGUUUCACUGGGACCCGGCCAAGAGGACCUCCCUCUUCCUGCAGGUUCACUGCAUCAGCACUGAGUUCACGCCUCGGAAGAAAGGUGGAGAGAAAGGUGUCCCCUUCCGCCUCCAGAUUGACACUUUCAAGCCCAGUGACAAGGAGCUUCCACCUGAACACCUGCAUUCAGCUGGCUGCCUCAUCAAGGUGUUCAAGCCCAAAGGAGCUGACCGCAAACUGAAAACUGACCGGGAGAAGAUCGAGAAGCAGCCCCUGCACGAGAGGCACAAGUAUCAGGCUGCCUGUGAGAGCACAGUCUUCGUGGAGUGUUCACCGUGGCCAGAGCCCAGUGCAGGACCCUACCAGGCUCUCAGCCCUCUGGCUCUGACCUCCCCCCACUCCUGCAAGCUCCUGUCCCCAGAGAGGUUCUGCUGCUCACCCCCAUUCAUCGUGGACACGUUCGGGGGCAGCCCAGCUGAGGACCUGAACCCUGGAGCUUCCGUCCUAGAGACGCAGCAGUGGUUACACUGGCACAGGUUCUCCAGCUACUGCCGGACUCUAGCCAAUUUCACUGGCACUGAUCUGAUGAAGCUUUCCCGGCAGGACCUGAUCCAGAUCUGCGGGGCUGCCGACGGGAUCCGCCUUUUCAAUACUCUCAGAGCCAGGCCCAUCCGUCACCGGCUGACUUUGUAUGUGGCUCAGGAGGCCUCUAGGCAAGACAAUGAGGUUUCUAAGAACCCCGACUCAGGCUUUUAUCAAGAGAUUUCUCUGGAUGAACUCAGCACCAUAGAGCUGAUGGGGAAACUGGCAGAGCUCCUGGCACUCCCGGCCAACCAGAUCCAUCGCCUCUUCCACCAGGGCCCUGGGGGGAUUCUCAUUCUCCUCAGCGACCAGGUGGUUCAGAAUCUUAAGGAUGAAUCAUACUUUGUGGCUGUGGUGAAGAAAGUGCAGAAUCCAGAUGGCUACUACCUGGUUCUGACCUAGGUCCGGGGCGCCCUGCAGCAGCAGACUGACGCCAGCCUGGUUCUCCCGGGCUGCAUUCACCAGGCUCCAGUCCAGGUGAAGAGCCAAACCACCCUGUGUCCUCCCCCUGGGGAGGAGCCAGCAGCCCCCAGGCUCACAUUUCUUCUGCUUAGCACCCACAGUUGCUGGACUCUGGGACCCAGCUUCUCAAGAGGAGCUGAGCUGGCCAGGCCUGGGGCAAAACACCCAGGAAAUGGUUUUGAUGAUGAGCUUUUGCCCCUUAUUUUGUGUUUAAAAUUCUACUUAUCCCUUUCAUUUUUGCAAACACACACACACACACACACACACACACACACACACACACACACACAUUAAAUGCUUGUUCAACUUUCUUGGUGGAACAGUUCUCUUGGAGAAAUGUCCUCGGCCUAAACGGUGGACUAGGGCGAGCGACGGACUCUGGGACAAACGAACAAAUCAAUGUGGCUGGAUUUUUUUUUUUUUCAACUAGUUCCGUCAAAAACUAUUCAGCCUCCAAAAGGCCAUUCAACUAUCACUGUGCUCAUCUGACUGUGGUUCUAGAUAUCUGGGAAAUACCAUAGCUAUUCUUGAACAUUGAGGCCAUAGGGUUUCAUUUUUAAAAUGUAAUUGAAUUUAUUAAUCUUCUAAUUUUUAGGUCUUAAGAAGUCUUUCCCUAUGUUAAAGUCAUAAACAUUUUUCCAAGUUUUAUUUUAAUUUUGCAUUUUACUUUUGGGUCUGUAAUCCACCUGAAACUGAUUUUUUGGUGGAUAUUUCUCCAAGUAGAAAUUUUUACAUUAAGUGCUUUUUAAAGUGAUACUAGGCCAUAUCUUACUCUUACUUUUCAUCCCUUCUCUCAAAAUGUUUACCAUUUCAAACAUACCGAAUUGGGAAAAACCACAUGCACCGAGUAGAAAACAGGCCAAGGCACCUUCUUAAAGAUUACCUGCUUAAUUUCUUAUUAUUAAUAAUUACCAUUUACUGACCAUCUUUGGUGAGCUUUAAACCAGACAGCCUCUGGCUAGGGAGGCUGGGAAGGAGGCUGGCUCUAAACAUUGGCUGAACUAAGAGUGGACGGGGAAGGGAAGUCUACUUACCCCUGGAGACCACUAAGUGCCUCCCUCAACAUUCAGGGAUGAUUCAAUAUGGAAAACUGAGCGGGCACCUGCUCGUACCCCUGGAAGGGACCCCGUUGGCCUCAUGUAGAUGACCAGUUCACACCGGGCCUUUGCCUUGUGCAGGAUCAAUCGAUUUCAAGCGGGGCCUGUAAGCCCACAGGGCUGCCCAGGGGUGUCUCACGGCAGGACAGACGCCCUGAGGUUUAAGUUCAGAUGGCAGGGCUGGCUCCACUGCGCACCUCCACCAAAAGGACAGAGACCCCAUAUCAUUAACCUCUGUGUAUCUCUCAACCUAGGAGCCUCUAACACAGACCAGACACUGAAAUUACUUGCUGAAAUGAAGUGAAUAAAAGCAGGUAACAUG